UAAAUAUUUCUUUCAGCUCAGUGUCUAAUUGAUCUAUAACAUAUACUAAAAACAUUACAAAAGUUACUUCCCCUUUAUAUUGUACACCAUUUGUUUGCUAUAUAUUGAUACAGAUAAAUAUUUACAUUUUGAAAGAUAUAUAAUCUUGAUGAAAGAAGACCAAAAAUAAUAUGGAAGCAUUUAUUGAAUGGUACCAGCAUCUAGCCAGGAUUGUAACAUGGAGAGAUUUUCUUGUAGUGAUACUGGUUGCUAUGGUAACCAGAUGGUUGUAUAGAACUUUUAUCCAGCCAUUUCUUUCACCAUUAAGAAAGUUACCUGGUCGACCAUACAGACCUUUUGUUGGAAACAUGUUUGAGGCUCUCAAAGGGGAGGCAAUGACCACUGCAAUAAGAUGGUUGCGAAUGCAUCAUUGUCUGACAAUACGUUACUAUCAUUUUGGAGGAAGGGAAAGAGUGCUGACUGCUGAUCCAAAAGUUUUUCGUCAUAUCAUGGUGACUCAUGAAAAAAAUUAUAAAAGGGUCCCACCUCAGAGUCCAAUACUGAAAAUAAUGGGACAGGCAUUGUUCUUCCUUAGUGGAGAUAUUCAUCAUAGUGUGAGGAAAUUACUUAAUCCUGCUUUCAGUCUAAAGAUGCUAGAAAAUAUGAUACCUGUAUUUGAGACAAAGUCAAAGAAAGUUGUCACUCUAUGGAAGGAGAAAUUUGACCAAGCUUCCAGUGACACAGAUUGGAUAGAGUUCCCUGUCCAGGACUAUAUGACCAGAAUUGCUCUUGACAGCAUUUGUUUCACAGGCCUUGAUUUUGAUUUAGAUGCCAUAGGUCAGCCUGAUUCGUCAGGGGUGCAGAUAUUAAACAAAUACCUUAGACAAGUUGGAGGUGCAAGUUUACUGGCAUCUCUCAUUCCAUUUUACAACUCGUUGCCACUUCGUGUAAACAAGGAACGAUGGAGGGAGGAAGCUUAUAUUAAAUCUCUCAUCAACUCUAGGAUAAGUGAUAAACGUCAACAGUAUAAGGAUUGUGAUGAAUCAGCAGUAAAUGAAGCACGUGAUUUUCUAUCCCUCCUUGUAUUGGCACGUGAUGAAGAAGGAAGAUCUAUCCCAGAUGACUUGGUGUUUGAAAAUGUUGCAGGCUUGUUAUUUGCAGGCUUUGAUACUACAAGCAUCACCCUGACAUGGACCAUGUUGCACCUGGCCAGCUACCCAGAGGUUCAGGAGCAUGCAAGGAAGGAGGUUCAGGGCGUGAUCCCGAAUAACUGUGAUAAUAUCACGCAUGAUAUGCUGGAUCAGUUACAGUAUUUACAUUGUGUGAUCAAAGAAACACAAAGAUUAUAUCCAGUUGUGUCCAACACUACAAGAGAGGCACUAUCAGAUGAUGUAAUAAAUGGUCUACAUAUCCCUGCUGGUACAAAGGUGGUGCUUCAUCUGGGUGCUCUACAUAGGAUGGAAGAGAAUUGGGAAAAUCCUGAGAAAUUUCUCCCAGAACGUUUCAUGGAGGACACGGAACCGUACAAACACUUGCCAUUUAUUGCUGGGCCACACAUGUGUAUAGGGCACAAGUUUGCUAUGCUUGAGAUGAAGAUGGUGUUGUCAAGUCUACUGAGAGAGUUUGAAUUCAGUCUUGUACCAAAUUACAAGUUUAAAAGAAUUCAAGCAUUGAGUGUGAAACCAAAGCCUCCACUUGUUCUAAAUGUAAGAAGAAUACAAAAUUGAUAGGGAGAAAUAUGUUUGCUGUGUGUCUGAUAUUAUAAUACGUGAUUAAUUUAUAUAUAUUAACAAUUUUAUAAUAUAUUUUUGUAUUUUGUUUUUAAUACUUUUUUAUUGCACCAAUGAAUAUAAACAUGGAUAUUAUAGUAUGUACAGUUGAGGGUUAAAUAAUGAAUAAAUGUUAUGAGAAGUAAUGGAUUA